AAUCUUGUUGGAUAUGGUUGGGUUUGGCUUGUGGUAACAGGCAGAGCUCCUGUUUUGCCCUUAUGGGCUAUGUGCAUUCUUAUAUUUAUAGGGAACAAUGGUGAAACCUACUUCAACACAGCUGCUUUAGUUUCUUGUGUGCAAAACUUUCCAAAAAGCCGUGGCCCUGUUGUGGGAAUUCUAAAAGGCUUUGCUGGAUUAAGUGGUGCAAUUUUGACCCAAAUAUAUGCAAUGAUCCAUUCCCCUGAUCACGCAUCUCUCAUUUUUAUGGUUGCGGUUGGGCCAGCAAUGGUAGUCAUUGCUUUGAUGUUCAUCGUCAGACCUGUUGGAGGUCACAGACAAGUCAGAUCAUCUGAUGGCACAAGUUUCACAUUUGUAUAUAGUGUCUGCCUUCUACUGGCUGCAUAUUUAAUGGGGGUUAUGCUUCUUGAAGAUCUAGUUGAUUUGAGUCACACCACGGUUAUGAUUUUUACAGGAGUUUUAUUCAUCCUCCUCUUGAUUCCUAUUGUGAUUCCAGUGUCAUUGAGUUUUUUCCUUGAUCCAAGAGAUCCAGUAGAAGAGCCUCUUCUACCUGAGACACCGGAACAAGAACCUGGAAAAUCUGGGCAGGAGACCCCUGAAGUAAUAUUCAGUGAGGUUGAAGAUGAAAAACCCAAGGAAGUAGACUUGCUACCAGCAUCAGAGAGGCAAAAACGGAUUGCACAGUUGCAAGCAAAACUGUUCCAAGCAGCUGCAGAAGGAGCAGUGAGGGUCAAGAGGAGGAGAGGUCCACACAGGGGUGAAGAUUUCACCUUGAUGCAAGCAUUGAUCAAGGCUGACUUCUGGCUUAUUUUUUUCUCACUUUUAUUGGGAUCUGGAUCUGGACUGACAGUGAUUGAUAAUCUUGGUCAGAUGAGCCAGUCUCUAGGGUAUGAUAAUACACAUAUAUUUGUGUCCAUGAUUAGCAUUUGGAACUUCCUCGGCCGUGUUGGCGGGGGUUACUUCUCUGAGAUUAUUGUCAGGGACUAUGCUUAUCCAAGGCCAGUGGCAAUGGCCAUUGCCCAACUUGUUAUGGCAGUUGGCCAUGUUUUCUUCGCAUUUGGAUGGCCUGGGGCUUUGCACAUUGGUACCCUGCUGAUUGGACUCGGCUACGGGGCUCACUGGGCAAUUGUGCCAGCUGCUGCCUCGGAGUUGUUCGGUUUGAAAAAAUUUGGGGCUUUGUACAAUUUCCUCACUCUGGCAAAUCCAGCAGGUUCACUUGUCUUUUCCGGUCUAAUAGCUAGCAGCAUAUAUGAUCGUGAAGCUGAAAAGCAAGCUCAUGGAAACAAUUACCUCCUUCAGAACUCAGGAUCAAUUUUUUCAGGCAUGUUUGGUCUGAAUGAACCGCUGAAGUGUGAAGGUUCCAUAUGCUACUUCCUUACUUCUCUGAUCAUGUCAGCAUUUUGCAUUGUCGCGGUUGUCUUAAGCAUGAUUCUUGUGCAUCGGACAAAGAUUGUCUACGCAAACCUCUAUGGAAAAUCACGGAGAUGAUAUUCACAAGAGAACUAAAGCAGGCAUUUAUAACUAGACUACAUCCAGUUACGACAGUUUCUGUGUUUUCAUAGACAGGUUUUGAUGAAUUUCUUCAUAUUUGUGUAUUCACAUUGCCAGAGAGCUGGCGGAGUCAAGCUCCCUACAGUAAACUCUCAAGUAAUACUUCGUGGACGUUAUUCUUGGAAUUUUGCAAUUGCUGUAUAUUUAUAUUUUUAUCUAUCUGUUUGAACAUUCACAAUGGUGAUUUUUUGGCAAUGAAGUCAGUUUUGUUCAA